AACUUAAAAAGAUCCAAACUCAACUCCUACAAUUCACGAGCCAUGUUUAGAGCAAUGAGCGUAAGGAAAGUUCACCGAGGAUACGAGCCACUGAUCAACGAAUCCGAUGUCCCCGAUUCGUUGUCAUCGGAAGCUAAGAUGCUUAGAUCCACGACGUUGCCUGCCUAUUUCUUCGGCGAUAAGCCUUUGAAACUUGUGGUAGACCCUGCUAAAGAUCCGGUGAAAGUAGAUAUGGUAGAGAAGCAAGUGAAGAAGGUGAGCAAACUUCAUCCCUUCUUCAGCUUAUUCGAGAGGAAGAGCCGGAGGAAGAAGGCGACUGCUAAACCGGAGUUCUCAAGGUACAUGCAGUAUCUUAGGGAAGGAGGUGUUUGGAAUGCUAAUUCAACUAAGCCUGUAAUCUAUUGAUUUAUUAAGUCGAAGACGAUCAAGCUAUUGUCAAGUUCAGAAGCUCGAUUGGGUGCGUUGGUUUGUGUAGUCUGUGAAGUUCUUAGUUCUUACAAUCGAAUGUUGUUACUUGUUAUACAGCUAACAUCUUAUAUACCAUAUGAGUCUUAUGUAGUUCAAUACAAAAUCAACUUUAAGCAUUUUUCAAUUC